AUGCGUAUCCAAUCACAAGAGUUCAAUCCGUCUGGGAUAAAACAUUCCCUUUCCCUAAAUGGUCGAUGGUUAUCGCCAAGUCAUGAUAUCUACCACCCUCACGAUGGAUCUAAUCCCGCAGACGACGAAGAGGACGAAGGAGAUAUGGAUACAAGGCAUCCAAGACUAUUUAUGGAUCACGAAACCGGUUCGUCUGUGAUCAAUUACAACGGGGAAUCGUAUCACAUGUUACUUGUACCAACCGGUCUACCCGGUGGACUAGAAACCCUGGCCGGGGUUCGAUUUGGCCUAUUGCGUACGUGGUUAUAUGCUCAGUCUGUGAUGAAACAUUCCUCACCGUCCUCCGGUGGCCGUUCCACUGGGAACGGGAACGGGAACAACCACACCAGCACCAAUCCAGCCGGGAAUAAUAACAGUAACAACACGAUUGUUCUCAAACCGGAACUACUGUCGGAGAAGACAGUGACCGAUAGUGAGAACGCAAACGAUCCGAACCAGACCUACAACAAUUCCGGGCGAGCUAUGGAACCAGAUACUGUAUUGCAUCAGUUGUUGGCAAUUGAAUCCCAACUGGCUCGUGCGAUCCGUGAACGCAUCUUCCCGUCCGGUGCUUGCCCGGGCCCAUAUACAUACAGCGGUGAGUCUACAGACUCGCAGCCCAAUUCAAACGGCGCGGUAGUUGGCCUGAGUCUUGGUUCGGUGGACGAAACUGGACAUCCGGGUCACGAAUUCUCGACCGCAACCAAUGUGGGCCCACUGUCCAGUGAUUCGGGUGUCUCCAGUGAUGCGAUCCAACACCACGCUCCCCUACUCAUGAAUGGUAACUUUCCCUCGGUUUCUCUGGCCCAUCAUCGUACGGGUCUCUAUCAGGGCUCAGUCACACAAACAGCUACGGUUUACGAUACGGACUACGGCAAUCGAUUUCCGAAUCCCCCAAUCAGUCAGCUCUAUCCGUCCCAUCUGAUGAACAAUACUCAUCUGCGCAAUUCCAUAGGCCUAUCCGGUUACUUCCCCGAAAUCACGGAGACCUAUCCUGUGCUUCAACCGAUAUCUCAUUCCCAAGCCACAUCUCCAACAUCCGAUCCCGCGGUGGUAUCAUCCGGACCAAACUCUAUUACGGUCGAUCAUGUGGACUCGCUCAAAGUGACUACCACGACGACCAGCUCGGCACAGGCACGUGGUGCACGCGCGGAAACAAACCCUCUGCCUACCAGUUUGAGUGCGUUCACAUCCACCGCAUUCUAUUCGCCCUCGUAUUUCGGGAAUCGGACAAAUGGAAAUUCGGACCAAGUGACAAAUCCGACCAGCCUAUUGGAUCCGUUUUCCCGUGGACAUUUGUCUGCCGGUGGUGGUGGUGGUGUGAGCACAGUCACUAAUGGUGUCUCUGCGGGCCUAUGCUUUUAUCCAACCGCUAUGGGCACGACCACUUUGUCCGAAUCACUUCUCAUUCCGGAGGAAGUGAUUUCCACCUAUUUAGAUCGAGAAAAGGGUUACGACGAGGCGGACGGUACGCAUCACCCGGCUCUGCUAAGUCGAAACCAGGAUCGACAUAGCCCUUCGUACGGUUCAUCUUCCCCACAGUCACCUGGGUCAUCUAGCUGUGAUCAGAUGAUCCUUUUAGAAGUCUAG